AUGGCCGCCUCGAUAGCCCCUGAAUGCAACGAAGUGAAAGAGAAAUACGAUACCUGCUUUCUUAAAUGGUACAGUGAAAAAUAUUUGCGCGGCAACACCUCGGCCAAGGACUGCGACGAACUCUUCACCCAAUACAGAACUUGUCUGAACGUCGCCUUAAAAGAACGAGGAAUCGACUCGAUGCUCGAAGACGCACGGAAAAACAACGCCAAGGAAAGCGACAUCGAGCACCUGCGAAGUUGA